AGGAGGAAGGCACCUUGCUGCCGCUGCCUGUCACCGAAGAGUCUGGUGACCACACCGAGACCCCGCAGGUUUACCUACUGAUUAAAGAAGUAGAUCUGAACUCAAACGAAUCCCAGAGGGAGACUGAGAUUCCCGUAGCGAUUCAAAUUCUUACCAUGGAAACAACCAUCGGCACCGAAACCAUCAGCACCAAGCCACGGGCACCACCGUCAGUUCCGAUGUCUCUGAGACCGAUGAAAACAGUCAUUAAUAUCGAUGACAAAGGCAUAAGCAUCGAGGAAAAGUUGAGAAAACGACAACCCCAGAUCCAGAGUUCAAAGAAAUGUACAUUGACCAACUGGUAGAUCACUUUAGUUUCAGCGCCCAUCAAAAGACUUAUCGUCAGCGCUAUCUUAUGACAGAUCAAUUUUGGCUCAAAAGUGCUGGACCAAUAUUCCUUUAUACUGGAAAUGAGGGUGAUAUAUGGGACUUUGCCAAUAGCUCCAGGUUCAUCACUGAACUAGCGACAGAGCAGCAGGCUUUGGUCAUUUUUGCUGAACAUCGAUACUAUGGCAAAUCCCUUCCUUUUGGCAAGAAAUCGUAUGAGAAAAUAAACAUCGAAUUUUUGACGGUGGAACAAGCUGUAGCAGAUUAUGUUGUACUUGUCACAAGACUGAAAACAGAUCUUGACGCUGAAAGCUGUCCUGUGAUUGCAUUUGGUGGCAGCUAUGGAGGAAUGUUAAGUGCGUACAUAAGAAUUAAGUAUCCUCAUAUUGUGGAAGGUGCUCUGGCAUCAAGUGCACCUGUGGUGUCCGCUGCUAAUAUUGGAGAUAGCCGGCAGUUUUUUCAUGACGUGACUAAAGAUUUUGAGCGUAAUUCACCCGAUUGUGUUUCAAAAAUCCGAGAAGCUUUCCAGGAGCUGGAAAAGUAUGCACAGCAACAAGCAUGGAACAAAAUUGGCAAUAAACUAUCUCUGUGUAAGCCAUUGAAAUCCAAGAAGGAAGUUGAUCAUCUAUAUGGAUGGGCACGAAAUGCUUUUACAUACUUAGCAAUGUUUAACUACCCAUACAAGACAGAAAUGGGAUUACACUUCCCAGCAAACCCAGUGGAUGUGGCAUGCCAUUAUAUUCUGAAGAAGAGUGAUCAUAUUGGAGGCUUACUAUCUAUAUUAGGUAUGUUUUAUAAUUCCACGGGGACAAAAAAAUGCUUUGAUAUCUAUACUGAGUUUCAACAUUGUGCUGAUCCGACAGGCUGUGGUUUGGGCUCUGCAAGUCAAGCAUGGGAUUUCCAGGUUUGCACAGAGAUAAACCUGUUGUAUGAAACCAACAAUAAGACUGAUAUGUUCCCAGUGCUUCCCUUUACUGAAGGAAUGAGGAGGAAUUAUUGUCACAGUAAAUGGGGUGUAUACCCCAAUACAGAAUGGUUAAAAAUCCAAUACUGGGGAGAUGAUUUCAAAGCAGCAAGUAAUAUAAUAUUUUCUAAUGGUGACUUGGAUCCAUGGGCAAAUGGUGGUAUACUCAGAAAUGUGACUCCUUCUGUGGUUGCUUACAUUAUAGAGGGAGCAGCACAUCACCUCGACCUGAGAUGCUGCCUGACCUGCUGAGUAUUUCAUUGCUCGCUGCCACUGGACUCCACCACAAACCCAUCGGCAGAGCUUGGCCACCAAUGUAGGAAUCUCCACAUUUGCUUGGGAGUCCCAAACUGGAAUCCUGAGGGGAGAGAGAGGAGGGUGAAUGUCUCCUGUCAGGGGUGGAACUGCCACCAUUUCCCAGCAUGUUCCUGCAUGAUGUCAUGUUAAAAUUUCCCAUCAAUGAACAAGUAAAUACACAAUUUAUGAAAGAUCCUACAAGACACAUGAAUGUGCAGGGAAUGGAGGGGCAUGGAUCACAUGCGGGCAGAAGGGAUUUUGUUUAAUUCGGCGUCAUGUUUGGCACAGACAUUGUGGCCAAAGGGCCUGUUCCUGUGCUGUACUGUGUUUAAUGCUGUAAAACUCCUCAGGUGGUGCCUGAUUAGCUAACUUCUGGA